AUGCUUUCGGUAGCUAUGGAAACCUAUUGUAAUGCCCCCUCCCUCUCCCUCCCCCUCUCUCUGCCUAUGUCUCUCUCCCUCCCUCCCACCCUCCCUCUCUCCCUAGCUCUCUCCCUCUCUCCAUCCACACCAAAGCUCUUUCAGUUACUUUGCGCAUGUACGGCCAGUCAAAGCGAGCAUUGCAUCGACUCCAAGAUGGCGAAAACACGUCUGGCUUGUGUCCUGACUAUCCUCUCAACUCACUGCUACUUCAGCGUAUUAGCAAUCGUGCUGAAAACGAGUAAUGAGGCACCAUGGACCAACGAGUUCGACAAAAUCGAGUUGUCAUGUCUGAUUGAGUCCAUUUCUACGACCAACCCCAGGAUCGAAUGGAAGAAGAUAACGACUGAGGGACCGAGUUACGUGUACUUUGACAAGAAAAUCUCCGGAGACCUGGAGAACCGAGCGAUGAUCAGAGAACCCGCCACACUAGUGAUCACAAACGCCACCAGAUCGGACACAGCCAAAUACCGCUGUGAGGUCACCGCCGCCGAUGACCAUAGGUCCUUCGAUGAGAUCGUGAUUGACCUUGUUGUACGAGUAAAACCUGUGGUGCCAAAAUGCAGCGUCCCAAAGUCAGUGCCUUUUGGGAAGUCUGCUGAGCUGAGCUGUGUGGAGGAGGAGGGCUUCCCCAAGUCUCAGUACCAGUGGUUCAAGAACAAGGAGGAGGUCCCGGACGACCCCAAGACCAGCCUCAAGUUCUUCAACUCCUCGUACACGCUCAGCGCAGACACAGGAACUCUGCAAUUCAUCGCAGUCAGAAAAGAAGACGCAGGCGAGUACUUCUGUCGAGCGAAGAACGAUGCGGGAUAUGCUGAGUGUCCGCCGCAGCAGAUGGAAGUCUAUGAUAUUGAUGUUUUGGGCAUUUUAAUGGGAGUGCUGGUGGUGGUCAUAGUGCUCAUGAGUAUAACGGCGGGGAUCUGCUGUGCAUACAAGCGAGGAUACUUCUCCACCCAGAAACAGACGGGGAACAACUACAAGGUUCCAGCUAAAGGAGACGGAGUGGACUACGUCAGGACGGAGGACGAGGGGGAUUUCCGACACAAGUCUUCAUUUGUGAUCUGAAGAGUGGCUGACGAGGCUCUGUGCUGAGGGAAGGACGUGACGUGUGGACUGACUCCUUGCUGGGGGACACGGAGCGACCACUCCUCAUGCGCCGAGCUCUCAGCACGACGGAAACACAACUACUCAAGUUUGCCAAAGGUGACGAGACUUCACAGGACAACAAUACUGUUACAUACGUAGGACUGAGAUUCAUUUGUCAUCACCACCAACUGAAUUCUUUUGCUAAAUAACAGAGUUGUUACUUUACAGUGACUGCAUGGUUUUAAACACCGAGCGAGGUGGAGAAACAUUUCUGUGUUCUGCCAAGUAGAAAGACUUCAAAUUCAUGAAACCUUUGUACUUAUGCUUCAAAACUUUUGUCAUUUGUAUAACAUUUCUUUUCUACUGUUGAAUUUUGUCAGACUAUUUUUGAUGGAAUAUAUUUUAAAAUGCCUAUAGACAAAGGUUUACUUUUUUAAAUAUUUGUAAAAUACUAACAUGUGUUUUUUUUUUAUUUGGUUGUGGAUAGAAAUAUGUUAACCACUUUGCAUCAAGCUGUAAGCAUUUACACCUUAGCAAUCAGAAGAAAGAAACGACUUGUGUCAGCAUAUCGAGAAGUGGUCAUUGAUCGGCGGUCUUACAUAUUUAAUUUCUCCGCUGGGAAUGCCCACUUUGUGUCGUUAGAGACUUCCAUGUUGAUGUUUGUAGAUAGUCUUAGUAAGAGGCUUUGAAGAGUGCCAGUCAAAUGCUGUGAACACUGCACACAAUCAGUGCUGCUUUCUCUUGAUUUAAGUGUCCUUCUAUGCUUGCUGUUAAUCUUGUAUAUAUUGAAUUUACUGUCCAGGAAAAAGUUUUGCUUACAUCCAGUAUUACGCGUUAAUAAUAAUAAUAAUAAUAAUAAUAAUAUUAAUCAUAGUAAUGCAGGGUUUGUAAGCCAGCCCUCCAGACUCCAAAAAUCUAGACAUUGUACUUAAACAGUAUACAGUGUAAAAGCCUGAAUAUGAAUUCUUAAUGAAACGUAUGGAACAAAAAAUGUUCUGUCGAUGAGUGGUGCUGUGGCUCGCCUAUUCUUGAGCUGCAAAGUUACUCAGAACAUGAGGGAAAAAUACUCACAGGACAAAAAAAAAACAUAGAGUGGUGCAGGCGUCAAGUAUUUGUGUUUGGUGACCAAGAAGUUAGCAUCACAAGGGCUCCCUAGUCAAAAAACAACGUUAUUUUUCCAUUUGAUUGUGGAAUAUAGCAGAAAAUAAGCUCUAUGGCACCUUUCGAUGCUUCCACGUUUGUUCGGCAGGAUAAUCUCCACAUGUCUAGGCUACUGUAAGACUGAGGUUGUCGCAAAGAUGUUAAAAUAUGGCAAAAGCCCUGUGUCUAUGAUUGAAGAAUAACAGCCCCAGUGAUACAAACUGCUGCUGGAAAGUUAGAAAAAUAGAAAAGGAAGUAAGUUAGCAGAGGCAAGAGCAAGCAGAGAAGUGUCUGCACUGUAAGAGGACAGAUGCUUGGUUGACUUCAGCGAAGCUAAAGGCGGCUAAUGUUUGGCGUGGUGCUGUAAGUAGUCUUAUUUAGUGACCUAGUAAAAUCUCAGCUUGUGUUAACCACAGACCUUACCAAAAACACAUUGAAAAAAACGUUUUAGGACUCAUUCCUGCACCACUCUAUGACCGUGAGAUUAAGCACAUUAGACACUAUCUGGUUGAUAUUGAUCUGUUCACAAACAGUUUUGCUGAUACAUGUGCUGUUUAGAAAGUAAGACCUUAUCUAACACUAACCUUUAGUUAGUUGCAAAGAGAGAUCAUCUUAGGUUUGACUGAAUCUCAUAUUGUAUUUACAGUUAUAUACAGCGGGGGGGAGGGGGGGUCUGGAGGGUUUACACUUGUACUGAUUGUAUAUAGAUACUUGUAAGUUUUUUUCCUCUUUCUCCCAAGAUUAUGUAAAGUGGUGAAAAAAUGUCCUUUUUUGAUAUGAAAACUCUUUCCAUUUGUAAGACUGAGAAAGGGUAACGUUUUAUACAUUCACUCAGAACCCAUGAACAAGAGCUUCUCCAGGACCGAAUCAGAUAAGACAAACACACUCCGGAUAUGUUUCAGUAUUCUUGUAAUUUCCAUACAGCUCAAAUGGAGCUCUUGUUCAGCCGUUAUGAGUGUUUGCGUAGUAAAAUGCUACCUGAGUAUCAGUCAUGGUAGAGAUGAUCUGCCCAACGUUUGCACACAGGAAAAAAGAAACACUGCUGUCUUUUCCCAACUUGCAAGAGAAAAUGUUUCUAAAUGACUUAUAAUCCAGAUUAGGUUCACAGCUGAAUCUGUUCCAGGUACUUUUUCCCCUCCUCAGUUUUACAAAAGUCAUUCCUCUUAAGUGCCUUCUGCCUUCACAGUAGUCCAGUUUCUCCUCAGCCACGCUCUUCCACUUCACACUGCUGUCAGAGGCUUCGCGUGUUGCGUUCACGUAACCACCCAAAAAAAAAAAACGGCGUUUGAGAGGAAUGAUGACACGGCAAACCUCCACUUCCCUACUUUAGAUCUGCAAAUUUGUAAAUAGCUUUUUUUUCAUAGAGUUGAAGGUGUUGAUGUAGAAAUAGAAUUUUAUUAGUGCCUAAAUAUAGUGGGAAUUAUUUUUGGUAAAGACACAUAGCACUAUUAGGCAAGAGAAAAAGAUGGAUACCCAAAGCAGGGACGUUUAUAUAUGAGCUUAAAACACAUUUUUCAUUUAUAACACUGACAGACUGAAGACCCCAACACUGCUUUCAGCAUCAAUGACCCUGACGCAGAAAUGAUGAAAGCGCCAUUCAGUUGUAAUGGAGCUGUAAUUAUUCAGGCGUUUUAUAAACAUGUAGAAGCAAACAGGAAUUAAUGAGCAGCAGCUAAAUGUAGGCCUACAUGUCCCCCACAGCCUGAACACAUCUGUCUGGGACCGGGUGUUUAUGGAGGUUAUAUUCACAUAGAGAGGUGCUUUCCAGUGUGUGUUCCGUAUUAUAAACCAGGCUUACUCACCAUUGUCUUUCAACUGAGGUAUGGCAGCGCUCCACUGUUAAACUGUUACACUCUGAGGUCUGGUACUCGUCAGGAAACAUGAUUUUUCUGAACCAAACUCACAUACAGUAGAAUGUCCAUUUGGGGCCUGCUGGGUUUUUUUUGUUCAUUUUAGAGCCACUCUAUUUGUGAUUAAUAAAACUCACUUCUAAUAUUA